UAUAUCAUAAUCGGUAUAAUACAGUGGCAAUGUGGCAAUUGACCAAUAAAGGGAAGGGUUUAGGCUAUUAAUAUUAUACCAAAUUAUACAUAUGCAAACGUUAUUGUAAAUGUAACGUGUGCUGAUACGUAUCUACAAGUGCAAUAGUUUUCUAGUUGCGUGAUCUUUAUAAAGAUUUUUGAAAUGUUUCAUACUGUUAGAAAUAGAAGGUUAGGGUGCUUCUAACAAUAUUUGACGUGUCAAUGCAACUGCAAAUGGCGGACACCAAUGGUGACAUUUCCUCGGUAGAGCAGAAAAUCGAGAAACUGGCGAUAUCUGCGGAGGACUUGGCGAAAAACAAAAAUGACAAGGAGAGUGGAAAGAGGUGGGAGCCUCAUCUAUGGGGUUUCGAAACUAAGGAACUGUACAAAAUCGCAGUCAAUUUUUAUAAAGAAAAGGAAGGCAAAGCUGUCCAUUUGUCUUAUGAAGACAAAUUAAAGCUAGUGGCUUUUACCCAGCAAGUAACGCAUGGCAAAUGUACUGCAGAGAAUGCACCACCUUUGGGUGUGUUGGAUGUAAUUGGAAAGGACAGACGCUUAGCAUGGCAAAAUCUAGGAAACAUAUCCAAGGAACAGGCAAUGGAAGGAUUUAUAGUUUUGCUAGACAAGCUAUGUCCCCUGUUUAGAACAGUUGUAGAAGCACAAAGAAGAGACAUCGAAGAGAAGUUAAGGUUGAAAAGGGAGGAGGAAGCAAGAAAAGUAGAAGAAGAAAGGAGGUUAAAAGAAUUAGAUGAACAAAGAAAGAAAGAGGAGGAAGCUAGAUUAAAGGAAGAAAUACAGAGGAGACAAAUUCAAGAUGCCUUAAAUCAACAAACAUAUUACCAAUUCAAAAUGUAUGCGGAGCAACAAUAUCCUGGCAAUCCAGAGCAACAAGGAGUACUAAUAAGACAGUUGCAAGAACAACAUUAUCAUCAGUACAUGCAACAAUUACAUCAAAACCAAUUAGUCAUAGAAGAUCAAAUUCCAGAAAUAAACACUGCCACAACAGAAAAUGCUGAGAAGGAAGAGCCAAAAGAAACAAAUGAAACGGCCACAUUGAACAGAGAAGAUUCUGAUGAAUUGCCAGAUGAUUACCCACCUAUAGCUCCACCAGAAAUGUGGACUAGACAGGGUGUAGAUGCCUUCAAGCAACUCAUUAGGAGAGAAGAUGGUGAUGCAGUUAUUAAAGUUGGUCAUGGAGAAAUCGUAACGGUUAGGGUGCCAACGCACGAAGAUGGCUUGUGUUUAUUUUGGGAAUUUGCAACGGAUGGCUAUGAUAUAGGUUUUGGACUAUAUUUUGAAUGGUCAAAACCAGAAACAAAUCAAGUAUCAGUACAUAUUAGUGAGUCUGAAGAGGAAGAGGAAGAGGAUGAUGAAUAUGAAACAAGAGAUGAUUUAGAAAGUGGAGUAACAAAUGGUAUAAUUCAGUCUGAUUACAAACCAUUGCCACCACCUAUAAGCGUGAUAAUACCUAUUUUCAGGAGAGAUUCACAAGAAGAAGUCUACGCAGGAAGUCAUAGAUACCCAGGGCAGGGUGUGUAUCUUCUUAAAUUCGAUAAUACAUAUUCACUUUGGCGAAGUAAGACGCUUUAUUACCGAGUCUAUUACACACAAAAUGGUUAUGUGAAAAAUUAGCUUUAUUAAGAAAAAAAGCUACUGCGCAAUUCACUAUCGUUGAGAACUAGCCUGAUGCGAUUAUUUGCCAAUAUUGCUAGUCCAACUAAAUGAAGAGUCCUAUAUGUUAUUUCUGUUCACACCAAGUGUUUACAAGAAGAAACACAAAUAUAUAUUUAUUAUGGUUA